AUGUCAAAGAGCAGAAUAAACAGAAUAUGUGGAGCCAGAAUUCUAGGCGGAAUGGAUGCAUCUGUGAGGUACAGGGGUAAAUACAGCAAUGAAACAGACUUAAACAGUGACAAAAUCUAUUUGAGUACGCGGGACUUCAAGGUUGAGAAGACUGGAAAGGCCCCUUCAAAAAUAGCAGAAAUUCAGAGGGAAUUGAGCAUGGAAUACGUCGAUAAGGGCAUUUUGGAGGACGAGGAGAUUGAGAGUGUAGGGGACUUCUACGCCAAUUUGAAGGAGAUGACACUCUCAGCAGAGUGGCAUAGGAGACACGGGGCAUUCAUUGGAUUGGGCAAUUUGAAGAUAGAAAAAGAAAUAGGAAGUGGAAGUGGAAUUGUGGUGGAAAUGGAUGCAGGUGAAAUGAUUGGAAGGUGCUUUGUGAUUCUGAAGAACGACAAAUUCAAUGACUACGUCGAUAACAAGGCAGUAGCACCAGUGAGAGAAGCAGUUGGAGAAUAUUUGUGUAAGUUGGCAGAACACAAGAUAUCAGCGGAGAAUCUCGUAGAGCAACUCUUCAAAUUGCUUGGAGAUGCUUGUUGGCACGUCCAAUACGGCGCACUUCAUGCAAUUCAUUUGUGCAUAAAGAACCAAAUUAAGCAUAUUGUGCAUAAAACAGAAACAAACAAAGAACUCUUCAUAGCCCUCAUAAGAAGCAAGGACGAAGACAUCAAAUGCGUAGCAGCAGACAUUUUGUCUCAGAUUGUAGAGCAGCUGAGUGUGGAUGAAAUAGCUCGAAUUGGUCGCAGUGCCAUCGAUCAGUUCAAGGUCGAAGACGCCCUG